CUACCACAAGCGAAGCUGCUGUCGCUAUAAUGUCGGGAAGAGGCAAACAGGGAGGCAAAGCCCGCGCCAAGGCCAAGACUCGCUCCUCGCGGGCCGGGCUCCAGUUCCCGGUGGGUCGAGUGCACCGCCUGCUCCGCAAGGGCAACUAUGCCGAGCGGGUCGGCGCCGGCGCGCCGGUGUACUUGGCGGCGGUGCUGGAGUACCUGACGGCCGAGAUCCUGGAGCUGGCGGGCAACGCGGCCCGCGACAACAAGAAGACGCGCAUCAUCCCGCGCCACUUGCAGCUGGCCAUCCGCAACGACGAGGAGCUCAACAAGCUGCUGGGCAAGGUCACUAUCGCUCAGGGCGGUGUCUUGCCCAACAUCCAAGCGGUGCUGCUGCCCAAGAAGACUGAGAGCCACCACAAGGCCAAGGGCAAGUAAUGGCCUAGAUUUCGGCGACACGCAUCAAACCAAACCAAAGGCUCUUUUCAGAGCCACCCACAUUUUCUGGAAAAGAACUUAACAUCUAUCUUGUUUGGGAAGAUGAAAAGAGAUUUAAUGUGAAAAUUUCCUUAACUUCUAGUUUGGUCAAGUCGAAGUGUGGUAAAAGGCUUCAUAUUUGAAUUAAAAAGUAAAAUGACUUCAUAAUGACACAUUAGGUUCAUUGGCUGUGGAAAGACGGGCAGCUGAGUGUUUGGGGCGGGGAGUAGAGACUAUUUCUAGGGCGGCUUGUAAACUGUUUACUACAAAUGAGCGGCUUUAAACAAAUUCUCGACUCGGGAGGCCAAAAGUUCAAAAUCUAAGUGCUGCUAGGGUUCCUGCUGGAGUCUUGAGGGAGGAAUCAUUCUGUACUUGCCAGCUUCUGGUGGUUGCCAACAAUUCCUUGGUUUGUGGCAGCAUAUCU